AUGAACGGUGAUCUCAGCCUCUCCCAGUCACUGGGAGGUCUCCGUAUCGCAAACCCGGAUGACUCGCCCCUCCAAUCCGAGACCGCCAGCGUGGUUCCAACGGGUCAACCGGACGGGUCGGCAUCAACACCUCCACCAGAGCCCGCGCCGGUCGAGGAGCAUUCAACCACCCUCCCUGCCACGCCCAUCGACGGUUCCGUCUCGACCGAUGACCCUUUCGCUUCUUCACAACCACCUUCCGACGUUGGCCCGCCGGCAUCCAGCUCCUAUCAACCGCAUUACCCUGCGUCCGCCUUUGGGACUCCUCCGCACUCCGCCCGACCCCUUUCCUCCGCCUACACGAACGGCUCCGUCUCAUCCGUUCUGCCGCGAGACAACUCGUAUCGCAUGCGAACCGACUCUGGGGCCUCAUCCACCUCGGUGCCCCUGUCACGCGUCGACACUCGGGGUGGCUCGGUCGCCCUACAGGCCGGGGUUCUGGCGCGCGACAAUUCCCACAGCGAUCGCUCCUACCGCACCUCUCAGAUCCCGGUCAAUGGCCCGGCGGUGAUGCGACAAUCAUCACGAGCACACGCCCGCGGGACAAACCCCGUUCAGAUGUCUCGAACGCCCUACAACAUGGAAAACGGUCCGGCGCCCAGCAGUGAAGAUUGGCAGGAGCGCGGAGCAGCGGUCGCCGUGAGGCAGGAAGUCGAUGCGAAUGGGAAGACGGUCUCGCGGUUCAUCAAAAAGGGCGUCCGGGAUUUCUCGUUUGGAAACACGCUGGGUGAAGGGUCCUACAGUACGGUCGUCUUCGCGACGGACCGGCAGACGCUCAAGGAAUAUGCCAUCAAGAUUCUCGACAAGCGACACAUCAUCAAGGAGAAAAAGGUCAAGUACGUCAACAUCGAAAAAGACACGCUGAAUCGGUUGACCGAUCAUCCGGGUAUCGUGCGCCUGUACUAUACCUUCCAGGAUGAGCGAUCACUCUACUUUGUCCUGGAUCUAUGUAAAGGAGGAGAGUUGCUUGGCGUUCUCAAACGCAUGACCACCUUCGACGAAGAGUGCACUCGCUUCUACGGGGCCCAGAUUCUUGACACGAUAGAUUACAUGCACCGGUGCGGGGUAAUUCACCGAGACCUGAAACCGGAGAACGUGUUGCUGGACCACCAGAUGUACGUGAAGAUCACCGAUUUUGGCACUGCCAAGAUCCUCAAGACCCGACGACCCGACGACAGUCAGGCUUCCAUUCCUCCGCUCGAUGCGACCGAGAUCCCCGAAGACGAGCGGGCCAACUCCUUUGUCGGGACAGCCGAGUACGUCAGUCCGGAGCUGCUGACGGAGAAGAAUGCGUGCAAGGCGAGCGACCUGUGGGCCUUUGGAUGCAUCAUUUACCAACUGCUCUCCGGCCGGCCGCCCUUCAAGGCUAGCAAUGAAUACCAGACUUUUCAGAAGAUCGUUGCCUUGGAUUACGAGUUCCCCAUUGGCUUCCCCACAGUGGCCCGGGACCUGGUCGAGCGUCUUCUGGUCCUGGACCCGGCGCGCCGUCUUCAAAUCGAACACAUCAAGAACCAUGAGUUUUUCAAGGGGAUUUCGUGGGGGCCGGAGCUGUGGAAACAAAAGGCGCCGCGGCUCAAAGCCUACGUACCUCCUGCCCGGGAGCCGAUCAAGCUCAACGGAGGUGAGGGAGGCGAUAGCUUGCCUCCAGUGAUCUCGACUGCGCCAUCAAAUGCCCCGCAUAGCAGCAACAAUCACUCGCGGGCACUUCCCCGAGUGGUCACCGAGCUACCACCUCCCAGUCAAUUGGAUAUCGAGUGGUCUCCCGUGUUGAGCAGAGCGAAUGAGCGAAUUCUCAAGCUUGGGAACCUGGUGGUGACCUCGUCUCCAGCCUCCCACAGCUUGUCCUCGAAGAAUGGAAACUACGAGAGCGAGGCUCCCAAGAAGUUUUCCCGCUUUUUCUCCGGAUCGACAACCAAGAAGCGCGCGCGACUGGUCAUGGUCACCUCAUCGGCCCGGAUCAUUCUCGCCCCUGCGGGAGGAGACGAGAAAAAGGCAAAGCUUGAGAUUUCGCUUCUCGCCCCCGAGACUCAUUACCGCAGUACGACAGAUGGUAAGGGGCAUUCAUUGUGGAUCGUGGAUACGAAAGAGAAGCAUCUGGUCUUUGAAGACCCCAAGCCUUCUUCGAGCAAUACGGGAGCCACGGCGGUCUCGGCGCAAGAAUGGCUGGAUGCAUUGGAUCGAGCCAAGGAGAUGGCCUCUCUACAUCCAAACACGGGGACUUAUUCUGCCGAGGACGCCUUUCGGGACCUUUCAUCCGGAUUCUCCAGUCACUCCAACACACUCGACCGAAGCACGGAAUUACAAAAUGAGAGCAAUGUCCCACCUCCCGGCCGCAAUCACUUGACAAAACACCAGGCGAAUGACUCGGACUCUACCAAGGGCAAGAAAAGGUUCAGCCGGCGGCAUUCGAAGAAUGGGCUUGCUGCCGUCUUUUAG